AAUAUAAAUCACUUAAAGAUAAAGUUGGUUUAAAAGUGUGGGGCACGGAGAGGCGAGGGAGUGAGGGACUAGCACAGAAAGAUAUUGUUUGGUGUACGGUGGUGAGUGUCGACGCUGCCACUCUCGCCUGUGUCUGUGAUCAGAAAUGGAAUCUGAUGCACCGACAUGGGGAGACAAACUCAUGUUGAGGGGAUUGUCAUUCCAUGGUUUUCAUGGAGCAAAGCCUGAAGAAAGGACACUGGGCCAGAAGUUCUUCAUAGAUAUAGAUGCUUGGAUGGAUCUCAAAGCAGCUGGCAAAUCUGAUCACUUAUCAGAUUCUGUUAGUUACACAGAAAUAUAUGAUAUAGCUAAGGAAGUUCUUGAAGGGUCACCUCACAAUCUUCUGGAGUCAGUGGCCCAAAAAAUUGCAAUCACUACUCUUACAAAUCAUAAAGAAAUAUCUGCUGUCCGAGUGAAGGUUGGAAAGCCUCAUGUGGCAGUUCGGGGUCCAGUUGAUUACUUAGGCGUUGAGAUUCUUAGACGCAGAAGCGACUUGUCAGGCUAGAAAUUUCAUAUUUAUUGCUGCACAAUUUUUAUAUUUUCACAUUCCACUUGAUACAAAAGUAAUGUAACUCUUUCCUUCAUGCCCCAUUAGUCUUUUCUCUCUUAAGCAAUCUUGCUAAUGAAAUUAAAAGAUCAAAGUUAGGCA